AUGCCCAUCCUUCGCACCCUUUCACCAACCGAAAGAAAGCAAAGGGUAGGAAAAUCACCCACCCUUAGGGACAACCAACCCACUUCCGACUCUAUGACACAAAUCCAAUUCCUUUCUUCCAGGGAGAUGCAGAGAAAGUACGAGUUCAAUACCAGCAGGACACCUGGUGCCAUACCCAUUUACUCGACUGGAAACGUCUCCCGUCGGAUCAUGCAUUGCUAUACUACCGCCCUACCUUCCUUCGUUCCCGUAAGAUGCCAACUCGAUGCAUACAGAAAGUUGAGUGAGACGAUCAACCAUCCUAUCAAUCUCGGUGAGAACGAAACCUUUUAG